GGAACUUUCGGGUACUGUUCUCGAAAGGCCGGAUGGUUGUUCUUCUUCCGUUGCAAAACUUGCCAAGGCUGGUUCCAAAGUUAAUUUAUUUCAUAUUUAGACUGCUCUGCUCUUGCAUCAAGAUUGAUUGUUCGGUUAUGGAGGACGAUUUAGUCUGCGAGUAUGAUUCGACUUGGGACACGGAAAGCGAUGGAGACGACUUGGGGGAAAGCAUAACGCGGCGUUCAAGCCAGGACAAAACUCAGAAAUCCUGGGGCUUUUGGUCAAAUCCAUCUUCAAGAAACCUGCGUGCUGCAAGGGACAUGCAAAACUACAGGCAUGGAUAUCCAAAUAUCAAUGAAGAAGAAUGCCCAGAGGAAAGAAUGACUAAUUUAAAAUUUUACCUGAAUGAAAUUACGUCUUCCCCUGAUGAGGUCUCAAUAGAGGCAUUUCAUAAAGAAUGGAAGACAGACUAUAAAAGAUUGGAAAGAGUCCAUUCCUACAUUCAGUGGCUGUUUCCUCUGCGAGAACCAGGAGUGAACUACAUGGCCAGUGAGCUGACGAAGAAGGAAAUCCAGGCAUUUCGUGAGAGUGAAGAGGCAAAGCGGAGGCUGGUAGAGUCCUAUGAGCUCAUGUUGGGCUUCUAUGGUAUACAGCUGCUCAACAAAGACACAGGGGAGGUCAAGCGUGCAGAAAACUGGAGGGAGAGAUUUGCCAACCUUGAAAGAAAUAUGCACAAUAAUCUACGCAUCACCCGUAUCCUGAAGAGCCUAGGGGAGCUUGGAUUCGAGCAUUACCAGGCCCCGUUGGUGCGCUUCUUCUUGGAGGAGACGCUAGUCCGGAAGAACCUGAGCAGUGUGAAGAGGAGUGUGCUGGACUACUUCCUGUUUGCUGUUCGAGACAAGAGAGAGCGAAGGAAACUGAUCAAGUUUGCCUUUCAGAACUACGAGCCAAAAGAUAAGUUUGUAUGGUGUCCUAGAAAGAUCCAGAAACGUCUCAGGAAGAAAUCUGAGAAGAAGCAGGAAGCAUCGGGAAAUGGAGAGAGUGGAGCCUCAGAGGAAGGGCGAGUGAAGAGCAAAGUGAAAGACGGCGAGGCGGGAAGUGCCCUGAAGGAGGAAAAGCCCACUGACAACAGUACAGAGACCCAGCGGCUGACGGAGGAUGAAACUCGUGCAGACUUACAGAGGUCAGUCCAGGGGUCAUCGGUUGACCCUGAGCCGCUGCCUGAGGUGUCCUCGGUGGAUCCCAAAGUCAUGGGCAACGGGGACACGGAGCACUCCGGAGCCAGUGAUUCAAGCCAUGUAAAAGACGAAACGAAAAAUGAUGAACGACUCAAAGAGGAUAGUCAAACAGAAGAGAAUGCCCAGUGCCAACCAAGUUCAGCCAAUGCCAAACAAGCAGAUGGAGGAACGGCUGCCUCUGAGAAACCAGCAAAGAAGAAACGGGAAGAAGUGACGACUGAGGAAUUCUCCAAUGGCCAGGACCAGACCAUGGAGGGCCCCACAGACAGCAGCCCAGAUAACCGUGAGUCUGAGCAGCGCAGCAGCCCUUUGAGUGCAGGGAGUCACACAAACACAGGGGAAGGCAGCGUUUCGCCUCCUACUGGGGAAGGGCGAGCUGAAAAACAGCCCAGAACUGACUUCUGUGACCCAGCUACAACAGCUGAAAACAAGGAAAUGUCAGAAACAAAUGAUAUGAAAGGCAAAGAUGCAGGCAAUGGUCCAAACAUGUUGAAGCCAAGCAAUGCUACAGUGACCCUUGAAGAUCUAGAUACAUCUGCAAGCACCAGAACAAAUGGAAUGAAUACUGAGGAGCAAAUGGACAUCGAACCAGCCACCAGUAUAGAAACUGAUAUGGAUCAGUCUUGAGUGUCCGCCUGUAUGGGAGGGGCCUUGUAUGAAUUACUGUAGAUUGAACUAAGACACUGGGAAAGUAUAAACGAAAGACUGUUUUAUUCUAGGCCUUAUUGAAAGUAACAUCCUGGUCCUUCUCAAAUAACGCAACAUUUCCUAAAACCCUUCCUUCCACAUUGUUUGUGUCGUUCCAGUCAUGAAACAAUAUGGUUUAUCUCUUUGGUUAGGGUAUGUGAAGUUAUUUUGUUGAUUUCUUUUUUAUCUUCUGUAAAGAUCAUUGCACUUCUGGACAGUUGAUCAUAUCCCUGUGGUCAAUCCUCAGACAGUGUUCUAUUUUGUUAUAUACAAGUUAAGGUGAAUUGUAAGAGCAACUGUGUUAAUGA